AUGCGAUUUUCACUCCUCCUUUUGGCAUCAACGCUGACUGCUUCUGUCGUUUCAGCUCAGAAGUAUGUAUUUGCACAUGUUGUGAUGGGCAAUACUGCUCAUCAUACUGCCGACAACUGGGCAACCGAUAUAAAAACUGCUCAGGCUGCAGGUAUCGACGCUUUUGCACUCAACAUUGCUACUGGUGAUACCAAUAUCCCAACACAAGUCGCCAAUGCUUUCAAAGCUGCCACAACACUCGGCAAUAGCUUCAAAUUGUUCUUCUCUUUCGAUUAUCUUGGUGGAAGUGGAGCCUGGCCUGCUACGGGUGCGUCUUCAGUCGUAUCAUAUCUUAAUCAAUAUGGAGUAAGCCCUGCCUACUUUAAGUACAAUGGUCAGAUUUUCGUAUCAACCUUCGAAGGUGUGAAUAAUGCUGGCGAUUGGAUACCUGGUGGAGCUAUUCGAAGCGCUGUUCAAGGUACUGCUGGCUCUAUCUAUUUUGUACCUGAUUAUACGAGCCUGGGCCCUGCCGGAUUCACUGCACAGCUCAACAAUGUUCAAGGUGCUUUCAGCUGGGAUAUGUGGCCAGCCGGACCCGUGAAUAUGACGACUACAAACGACCUCGCCUGGCAAAAGACUUUGGGCAGCAAAGCUUAUAUGAUGGGUGUCUCUCCUUGGUUCUUCCACAGCGAUGCAAAUCCCAUUGCAUGGAUGUGGAGGGGUGAUGAUCUAUGGGCUGAGCGCUGGCAACAAGUUCUCCAUGUUCAACCUCAAUUCGUUGAAAUCGUCACCUGGAACGACUGGGGUGAAUCUUCCUACAUCGGUCCCUUGCUUUCUCACGACGAAGUUCCCGCCAAUUCCCUCAAAUACGUCCAAAACAUGCCUCACUCUAACCUCCUCACCCUCCUCCCCUACUAUAUUUCCCAGUACAAAGGCACUAAAUCCAACACCACCACCGACUCCAUGCAAUACUGGUACCGCACCUCCCCCGCCUCAGCUGGAACGAUCGGUGGCGUCCUCGGCAAUAAUCCCACCCACGGCCAAAAGGAAUAUAGUCCCAACACUCUCUGUCAAGAUAAGGUAUUCUUCACCGCACUGUUGCGAUCAGCCGCCGAUGUACAAGUGCAAAUUGGCAGUUCGCCAGUGACAAGUUAUACUGGCGCAGCAGGAUUAAACCAUUGGAGUCAACCGUUCAAUGGCCAAACGGGGAAUGUAACAUUCAGUAUAGUGAGGAGCGGAAAUACGGUGAAGAGUGAGAUUGGGACUGCGAUUACGGCGAAGAGUUCAGUGUUGGGCGGGUUCACGAAUUAUAAUUCUUGGGUUGGAGGGUUUUAA